CUCAUUUGUUUCGAACAAACAAACAGCAUACGAGUCAUCAACUUCAACCUCGUACUACAACUAAAAGUAUGUCCUAGAGCAAAAUCUGCCACACAAGUGCCUCAAUAUCAAUAAACAAGUAUAUAAAAGAGUUGUCUACGAUGGUGAAUCGGAAUCGCGCAGCA